CCCGAACUUUUGCUGCUCCUCCUCCCCCAAAGCACCACCGAGAUUCCACCCCAGCCAGGCUACCUCUCGGGCGUAUUCCACCAUUUAUACACAAUGCCUGGAAGUGACGCUUUUCGCGCACUCAAGUGGCUUUCCCGGAGCUCGGGGGGUCUGCUGUCGGGUGCUGAGACAACCACGCAACGAUGCCUGGCGAAGCCUUUGUCCCGAUCGAUGGCCACCGAGGCCCAGUCUCCCAUUGACAACCUGACGAGGGAGGUUCCCAAGCCCGUGUGGAAUCCCGAACCCGUCAAGGCGACCACCUACUCAUUCCCGUCCAUGGAGCCCCUGCGUUUCGUUGAAUACCCUCGCAACCAUCUCCUGAUGCCGCUCCGCAAAGAUAUCCUACACCGCGCCGUCGUGUACGAGGGUGACAUGACUCGACAAGGUACCGCAAGCACCAAGUGGAGAGACGAUGUGCAUGGAAGUGGCAGGAAGUUGUAUGCGCAGAAGGGUACUGGUCGGGCCCGUGUUGGAGACAAGAAGUCCCCCAUCCGGAGAGGUGGAGGUGUUGCCUUUGGUCCUCAUCCCCGUGAUUUCUCCACGGGACUCCCCCAGAAGAUCUACGACCAGGCGUGGCGGAUAGCCCUCAGUUACCGUUACAAGCGCGGCCAAUUGAUCAUUGUCGACAACGAAAUCACCCUUCCGGAAGACGCCACUCCCCAUCUCAUCACAGAGAUCUUCAAGGCCAACCGCUGGGGUCGGCCAUUCGGACGGUCGACAUUGAUCACGGACCAGCCGAACGAGAGCCUGUUCGAGACGGUGCGUCAGGUGGGCGAACAUGCCAAGAUCCUGGACCGCCGUGAUGUGGAUGUCAAGGACCUGCUGGAGACGGGCCGGUUGAUCAUUGAGAAGCAGGCACUGGACCGGAUUCUGUCUCAGCACUCGAAGGACCUGAAGAACAAGCCGGCCAAGGCUUUGUAUUGAAUUCCUUUUUACUCGGCGAUAGGGUCUUUUACUGGUUAGCUUCGGGUUGUGAGUGUUUUAUUUGUAUAAAUAGAUUCGAAAUAUGUAUGAUGGCAUUGCAUUCAAGGACAACGUCAUGCUUC